GAAUACUUCAAAAGAGGGAUGUACGAAUGCGCAUUGGACUACCUAAAAGAUAUCCAAGAAAUCCAUCGCUAUGUCCAGAAAGCAGCGGCACGACAGGAUGAGUGCCGAAAAAAGGCUACUCUCACGGACAAAACAUUCCCAAAAACUAACAUUGCACCGCUAGACGAGUAUAUAGAGAAAAUGCGGCAAGAAGACGAAGAAGAGGAGCAAGAAAAGAAAAAACGUCAUCAAAAUCGUGCGAAAAGAACGUUAUGA